CAUACACUACAUUCGCGAAAAAUGGCAGCUGACGAAUAGAAAAAAGUGGAUCUUCAGUCGAAAAAAAGACGGCACUUACAAACUGGGUGAUUAUCCCACACCCCGUUUAUUGUCGUAACGGCAUCUUCAUCCGUCAACAUGGGAAAGACUCCACUAAAAGAUCAGAAAGAGGGCAAGAAAGAGAAACUGGGAAAGCCGCUCCCACUGCCAGGUGCAACCCCUGCAGCAACUAAAGAUGCGUUCAGCUGGGAAGAAUACCUGAAGGAAACAUCGUCCACUCCGGCGCCAGCAGGCUGCUUUCGUCAGGCUAGAGUCCCUCCCUCCAACGACUUCAAAGUGGGCAUGAAGCUCGAGGCUCAUGACCCUCGCAAUUCCACCUCGGUUUGUAUCGCCACGGUGAUGGGCUUAACCGGGGUUCGUCUCCGUCUCCGCCUGGACGGCAGCGACAACAGCAACGACUUCUGGAGGCUGGUGGACUCGUCCGACAUCCAGCCUAUCGGCACCUGCGAAAAGAACGGAGACAUGCUGCAGCCGCCGCUGGGAUUUCGAAUGAAUGCCUCCUCCUGGCCCAUGUUCCUGUUGAGAACCCUGAACGGAGCAGAGAUGGCACCAGUAACAGCCUUCAAAAAGGAGCCUCUGAGACCGCCUCAAAACGGCUUCAAGCCAGGAAUGAAGCUGGAGGCGGUGGACAAGAAGAACCCGUACCUCAUCUGCCCCGCCACCAUCGGAGAAGUGAGAGGCGAUGAGGUGUUUAUCAUGUUCGACGGCUGGAGGGGGGCCUUUGAUUACUGGUGCAAGUACGACUCCAGGGACAUCUUCCCCGUGGGUUGGUGCUCCCUCACCAAGCACAGCCUCCAGCCACCAGGCAACAGUGUCACUCUUCCGAAGAACCUGCAGAUUCUGCCGUCGUCGCCUUCCAAACCCAGCAGGCGCUCCACGCAGUUGCCCUACAGAUACCCCACUCUGCCCGCUCUGCCCGUGAGGAAGGGGGUGAGAGGCCGUCGGCCCAAGAGCGAGACGCUCGCCCUGCUCAAAGCCGUGGCGGAGGCCGCGGCUUCCCACAACGGAGCCGUUCCUGACGACACGCCGCUGGUGCCCCGGGUUCACAAGAAAAGAGGACCCAAAUUAGGAAGUAAGCGAAAGUCCAAGCUUCUGCAGAGCGAGACACAGCUGCCAAGCAUCCAGGUUCCACAAGAAAACCCUCCCUGCCUCAACUCGGUGGUUUCAACAGUAUGCGUGUACGUGAAUAAGCACGGGAACUGCGGCCCCCACUUGGACAGGAAGCAGAUGCAGCGCCUUCCGGACCACUUUGGGCCGGGGCCAGUGAACGCCGUGCUCCAACAAGUGGUCCAGUCAUGUAUAGACUGUGCCUACCAGCCAAAAGUCCUCCUCAGCGCUCUGCAGAGCGACUCGGGGGGAGGCGAAGCUGUCAAAGUGAGAACAGACGGCGGUGUCCGUGUGAUCAAACUACCGGCCGCCUCCAGUGCUUCCUUCGUGUUACGCUUCCUAGAGAGCAUGUGCCGUCACCUUCAGUGUGACAACCUGUUCAGCAGCCAGCCAUUCAGCCACUACGCCGCCUAUGACAGGAACAAGUCUGUGAAAGAAGAGGCGCUUGAUGUUCCCUCUCUGGCCCGGGGCGGUAAACGCAGCCUCUCAGGGGUCUCUCCUCCGUACGCCGCUCCUCUCUCCCCCAAACUUUUACGAGCCGAGGCUCACCCAUCUGAAGCAGAGACUCUGCCGCACGAAGAGAACGGCCACAUCAAGGAGCAGCGAUACAUGGACUCGGCUUCCAACUCCAUGACCCCCCGACCCCAAACGGCGCGGAGCUCCUCCGAGUACCACCCUCAGGCCAGCAGCCUCUACCAUCACGGCGGCGGCGCCGCCAUGCGCCGCCACUCGUCGAACUCGGCGGAGCUCAGCUCGACGCAGCCUCUCAGGCGAGUCGAAGCAGCUAGCUCCACCACCGGUUCCGAAUCGAUGGAUCGAGAGAACGUGCAGCUGCCCAGUAAAAACCCUUCCUCCUGGUCCAUUGAGGAGGUGAUGCAGUUCGUCCGGGACGCCGACCCCACGGCGUUGGCGCCUCACGCAGAACUAUUCAGGAAACACGAGAUCGACGGAAAGGCUUUGAUGCUCCUACGGAGCGACAUGAUCAUGAAGUACAUGGGUCUGAAACUGGGGCCGGCUCUGAAGCUCUGCCAUCACAUAGAGCGGCUGAAACAAGGCAAACUGUAAAGAGAGGAGCCUGGUCUGUCAGACCGGUGAGCAAUAAGCCCAGAAAGAGCCAGCGGUUCUGGAUCCUGACUCAUGGGGCCACGCAGGGGUUACAUGUUACACUAGACUCCUUCUGGAGGAGAGGGGGCAAUUUCCAUGUUACGACUUCAAUGCGACUUCCAGAGCAAGGGUGGGGGGGGCGGAGAAGAACUUUUAAAAAGUGUGCCGUGCAUCGCUGACGCAUUACCUCAUCCUCCACCUCAUCGGCGAAUGAAAAGCUGUUCAAGUCUAAUAAACAAACGCUGACUUCUAAGAAAUCCCAAAGCAAGAGUGACCCCUGUAGUGUUUACGUUGCGUCAAACACGAGCACACAAGGACGACUUUCUUCCCCUGUUUUUGUUCUUUUUUAAAGGAGCUGAAAUAUUUUGAUCCUGAUUUUUGGAUCCCCAAAGAUGGAGAAUGUUUUUUUAUUAUUAUUAUUAUUAUUAUUAUCACUGUCGAAUUUCUGCCUAAUGAGAAAGGAUUGGAAUACUGAGAAAAACAAAAAGCAAACAUGAAAAUGUUCUUCAUACUCCAGAAGAGAAUUUCUUUGCUCUUUUCUGUACUGUUUCGUUAGUUAUUGUCAUUCCCUACUUAUCUGCCUGAAAGUAUAUCAUCUGCCUGAAGGAUGUGCAGACAGACAUUUUCACAGACUGUCAGUGUCAUUGCCAGGAAUAACAUGAUCUUAUUUUUAUUUUUAACUGCGCUGGAUGGUUUUGGAAUCAUUACCUAUAUUAUUGUGUCUUAGCGGGUUUGAAGUUGCCUCAUUGGUAAAGAUGCUCCGAUCAGAAUCCACUGGCCAAUGUCUCUAUUUUGUAUAAUAUACCAAACCGUUCUACAGUCCCUGCUUAUAAGCUAUUUAUGUUAGAGGCGACGUCACACCAUGUGUGUGAGAGAGCAGUUGCUGUACAACAGGAAGUUUAACUUUAAAAUUCCUUUAGUGAGCGUGACCUGAAACAACGGUAUGUUUGUACCUUAGAUAUGAGCUUUCCAAAAUGCCAACUUCUACAAAUCCAAAUUAUUCCGUCGCAGAACAGUCGAAGGCUGAAACGGAUUAUGUUGCUUUCACAUGAGAAGUGGCCGAUGUCACUGCAGGGCGGUUUUGUAUCAGUUGAGAACUGAUCAAGACGAAAACGUUAUCGGUUGUUGACGAAAGCGUCAUCAUUCACCAUCACAUCCCACAUACUCCAGUAAAUUUAUGUAAUUUAUAAAGGGAAAUCAGUUGUUUGUUAGCAGUUUUUGUUUUAGAAAAACACAAACCUCAUUUCAAAAUUGCAGAUAUAAAUGGCAAUUAAAUGUCUACAUAAGGUAUAGAAUACCUUACUAGGAUUUCUAUAUAUAUAUAUAGAAAUAAUCAAACUUCUGUCCUUCUUUAUGCAUUUUUGAUUUUUUUCUUUGAAUUAUUUUUGCUUAAAGUUAGGGCCAAAUUAUUUUUGACAGUGUGUAGGUGAUUAAAAUACUUCAAUGACAUAUUUACAUGACAAACAGAAACAACAUAAAAACAACGGAAGAACAGAACAAAUGUUUGUUUUCUAUAUCAACAAACUGCAAGAAAUUAUAAUUUGAGAGCAAAUCUUUUUGGUUAGAAUUGAGGAACUCCGAAACAAAAAUCUAAUUUCGAGAGGGAAUCUGAAACUAAAGUAUCGAUGCGAUACUGAUAUCGACUUUGUACCAAUAUUUAGUAUCGAUCCGCUCCCCUCUACCACAUACGCCUAUGAGAAUGUAGCCUUAAUCUGUUUCCUGAAAGUCUCGCUCUCUCUCGCUCCACCGCAGCCCGACGCUCAUGUGACAGCAUGUUGACGAUGCCGUUUCGCUUGAAAUGAGUCUCGAACUUCUGUGCUUCCUCUGACUUGAUUUCAAGCGCCUCACCGCUAACAGCCUUCUCUUCUUCACUCGACACCGGCCUGCACACCGAAGAGUGUCGUUCUCAACAACAACGGCGUGUUCUCAGAGAAAAGAUCAGCGCGUUGACCCCGGUCACCGGGAUUUCUCGGAGCAUCUCUACCUUUUUCAUGUUCUUCAGUGUCAAACCCUUUUAAGUCGCAAGCUUUGGUUUAUCCGUUUCAAUAAGCAGAAUGUUUUAAGGAUGCAGAUUUGAGACAUUUCUAAGGGCUUCUUAUGUUAAGUAUUGCUCUUUGUGUGUGUGAGUAUGUGUGUGUUUUUAAUCGGUCAUGAUUCAUGUAAGCUUGUUGGUCUGCCUGAAACCUCAGUGUUUUUACUGUUGACCACAACAAUCACUGUUAGCUAUGUAUACAGAUCUGAACAGUUUUAUGGGUUUAACCAUAAAUAUCAGCAACAGAAUGUACAUUUUGUAGAAACGUAAUAUUUUAAGGAAAUCAUAUGCAUAAGAUAGAAAUGUGAAGCUAAAAAAAAGGGAUGGGGGAUGAGUAUUUAACAGUGGUUUCCAGUCUUUUUAUAUAUAUAUAUAAAUACUUAACGCAGUGCUUUUAGUUCACUUUCUUCCAGUUCUAGAUCCUGCCUUGCUUUAUCUAUGACAUUUCUCAGGUUCAUGUGGUCUUUGUUAGUAGAAACACUUGUAGCAUAAUGUUUAUAAUACACCUAUUAAAUUUUUUUUCUCCUGUUACCCAUUCCCCCCCCCACUUUAAAACUUGUGCCAUAUUAUAUUCAACGCAGGACGGAAGUGCUGUCGAUUUUCCUUCUCCCAUCUUCUUUAAAGUACUUGAAAAAAAAUCUGUUUUGCAAAACAUCACUUUAUAUGUUUACGAUGUGUAAUUUUUUUUUUUCCUUUUCUAUAAAGAAAUUACAACCAUGAAGCUGCAUGUGUUUUUAAUAGCUAAAGGGGAUUGUUUUGACUAAUGAGGGAUGUUCAGAAAGGGGAAGACUUUGAUUUACUGUG